AUGUCGAGCAUCAGAGAGCUAGUUGAGCCUAUGCUCAUCCAUGAGAGGGUAGUUGAGUCAAAGAAGAUCUGGACCACCCUCCUGACCAAUACCUCCUACCUUCCCGGCGUCCUCGCCCUCCAUCACUCCCUUACCCACCUCUCCCAUUCCUCCCACCCCCUCGUAGUCCUCUACACCGACGCUCUGCCCCCGGCUGCCUUAGCCGCCCUCGACAUCCGCGGCAUCCCCCAUCAAAAGGUUAACCCUGAUCCAUACCAACCCUAUGUCCCCUCGCAUCCUUUAACCUCUCGAGGCGGCAAGUCAGAAGCAACGAACCCGAAUGCUUUUGCGUUUGCGCAUGACCCCAGGUUCAGGGAUUGUUGGACGAAGUUGGCGGCAUUUUUCAUGGUUGGCUAUGAGAGGGUUGUGUUUAUGGAUGCUGAUAUGGCGGUUGUGAGUGAGAGGGGUGUGGAUGAGUUGAUGGACGUGCCGUUGGAGGGGGAUGAGGAUGAUGUAAAAGAGGGGGAGGGGAAGGAGAGACUGUUUGCGGCGUGCUGCGCAUACUAUCCCCCCAACUGGACCCCCCCGUCCUGUCCUUACACCCAACUCCAACACCUCCGCUCUUUCUCCAAACCCCCCAAGCGCUUUCAAACCCAAACCAACAUCCCAUACUCCCCGGGUAACACUGAACUAAACGGCGGCCUCCUCGUGAUCCGCCCCUCACGAAAAAUCGCUUCGCAAAUCGCCAUCGCCCUGCGCAACCCAUUCUUCCUCGAGCCCGGCCGCUGGAGCUUCCCUUUCGCCGAGCAAUCCUUCUUGACAAAACUCUUCCCCAUGCGCUGGACGGUGCUCCCGUGGAAGUAUAACGCCUUGAAAACCCUAAGAUGGCAGGGUUUGCACUCAGGUAGGAAGAGGCUUUGGGAGGAUGGGAAGGUGAGGGCGGUGCAUUGGAUUUUAGUGCCCAAGCCUUGGGGGGUUGGUAAAAAGAGGAAGAUCAAAGAGGAAGGAGAAGGAACAGAGGGGGAGAAGAGAGUCAAAAAGGAAGAGGGAGCAGAGGAGACCUUUAGGGGGAGUUCAGGUGGCGAUAAGAUGACCACCAACUUGACCUUCCCAGACAGUAAGGCUGUGCUCUCAGCAUCGACAGGGUCUUUACCUUCUCUCUCGCACUCGUCACCCAGAUCUUCGUCUCUCGUCUCAGGUGGAUCUACUCAGCCUCAAACUCAGCUGGACAACAACCAACCGUCAUCAUCACAGGGCGCGAACGCGGCUUCCUCUUCGCCUCCUGAAUUGGUCUGGACCAGUAGCCCAUCACCUUCGACAUCAGGCAACUCUGGACCGGAGCCACAGAUACUCGCUGUUAACCCCCUUCCGACCGAGCCGGAAAUCUUCUGGUCAAGUACGUCCACGCUCCUUGGGGAGGAUGCCACUAUCAACUUGGAACAGGCAAAACUGUUCAAAAAAGUAAGCGAUGAAAGAAAGGAUGAGAAGCAAGCGGAACAUAAAAUCGCCAAAAUUAUUCCAAUCAACACUGCACCUGCCGGCCAGGAACUUGGUGGCAGCAGCAGUAGCAGCAGUCCUGUCGCAACAGACAGCAAGUUCGUAGAUGAACCGGACUCGGAAGACGAGUGGGAAUACGAAGACGGCAAUGAUGCAGUAACCAAUGGAUGGUGGAGAAAGAUUGAUCGGGCGAGGAGGAGAUUGGAUCGGGAGAGGGGGAUUUAUGAUGGGUGGUAA